ACUCUGACAACGACCACUGAAGGAUGGUGGCACAUGUCUAUUGUCACAUCAAAACCAAACCAACGGUUAAGAUUCCCCCGUACGGAAUAUCCAACGGUUGAUCACAUUUCACUCCAACACUCACUUUCUCUCUCUUCUCACCUCUGCACUAUGUCCCAUUUUGGUCGGGACCCCCCUUUAUAUAUGGCAAAGACUCAUCCUUUUACUUUUCUUUCUCUUUCUUCACUGUUCAUUUCAAACCCAAAAAUCCCUCACUUGUGUCUCAAUCAGAAAGUGAUUGGCCACAAAAGAAGGACUUUACUUCAUUACACACUCACUUUGUAUUUUUCUUCUUGCUUCAUUCAAUUUCUUAUUCUUCUUCUUCCAUUUUCAAUGGUGAUCUUGAACAACGUGUCACCUUUGUUAUUGCUAUUGUUUCAAUUGGUUUACUCUUUUGGGUCAUAAGGGUCAUAGGUUCACUUAAUUAAUCUUGCUUCUUCUUCUUCUUGUUUUUCUCGUUUUCACUUAACUUCAGCUUAUUUUCAUAAGUUUGUUUCAAAAAAAGCUUAUUUUCAUAAGUUAACAAAAACCCUUUUUAGCUUUACUUUUUUUUUUUUUUUUAAGGUUUUUUAUUUUUUAUUUUAUUGUUUUGUUGUGGUGGGGUUUUUAGUUUGUUUCUUCAUCAUUUUGUAACUAUUCACAUGGAUCCCAUGUUGUUGGUUUUUUAAGGUAAUGUUUGAUUUUUGAAAUUAGUGUUUUUUGUUUUUGUUGGGAUGGAGUGCAUUGGAAAGUGGGAGAGAGGUAUGAGUGAAUGUAAUAAUGGGUUUGAGGAAAUUGAGGAUAGGGACUCUGAGUUAGGGUUCAAUGUGUCUGUGUGAUUGCUAAAAAUUGUGUCUUUAUAAAGAGGGAAAAAAAGGGUAAAGCUUUGUUGUUAUGAAGCUUUCAACAUCAGGAAUGAGUCAGCAAGGACAUGAAGGAGUAGAGAAGAAGUGUUUGAAUUCUGAGCUAUGGCAUGCAUGUGCGGGUCCCUUGGUGUCCCUACCAACUGCAGGGACUCGUGUGGUUUACUUCCCUCAAGGUCAUAGUGAGCAGGUUUCUGCCACUACUAACAGAGAAAUUGAUGGCCAAAUACCAAAUUAUCCGAGUUUGCCGCCUCAGUUGAUAUGCCAACUUCACAAUGUUACAAUGCAUGCAGAUGUUGAAACAGAUGAAGUGUAUGCUCAAAUGACGUUACAGCCGUUGACUCCGCAAGAGCAGAAAGAUACGUUUCUUCCUAUGGAAUUGGGGAUUCCAAGUAAGCAGCCUUCAAAUUAUUUUUGCAAGACAUUGACAGCGAGUGAUACCAGCACACAUGGAGGGUUCUCUGUUCCUCGUCGUGCAGCUGAGAAAGUUUUUCCUCCAUUGGAUUUCUCACAGCAACCUCCUGCACAAGAACUAAUUGCUAGGGAUCUCCACGACGUCGAGUGGAAGUUUCGACAUAUUUUUCGGGGACAGCCAAAACGACACCUUCUUACCACAGGCUGGAGUGUAUUUGUUAGUGCCAAAAGACUUGUAGCUGGAGAUUCUGUGCUUUUCAUUUGGAAUGAAAAAAAUCAGCUUCUUUUGGGAAUCCGUCGAGCCAGUCGGCCACAAACUGUUAUGCCAUCAUCAGUUCUUUCCAGUGAUAGUAUGCACAUUGGACUUCUUGCAGCUGCAGCCCAUGCUGCAGCAACGAAUAGCUGUUUUACAGUGUUCUUUAAUCCAAGGGCUAGUCCAUCCGAGUUUGUCAUACCACUUUCAAAAUAUAUAAAAGCUGUGUACCAUACACGUGUUUCUGUUGGUAUGCGCUUCAGGAUGCUUUUUGAGACUGAAGAAUCAAGUGUGCGCAGGUACAUGGGUACUAUAACUAGCAUAAGUGACAUGGAUCCUGUUCGGUGGCCGAAUUCUCAUUGGAGAUCUGUUAAGGUCGGAUGGGAUGAAUCAACAGCUGGGGAGAGACAGCCUCGGGUAUCGUUAUGGGAAAUCGAGCCUUUAACAACAUUUCCAAUGUAUCCAUCACUAUUUCCUCUUAGAUUGAAACGACCAUGGCAUCCCGGCACUUCUUCUUUUCUUGAUGGCAGAGACGAAGCAACAAAUGGACUAAUGUGGCUGCGAGGCGGUCCCGGAGACCAAGGUCUUAAUUCCAUGAAUUUUCAAGGUGCUGGAUUGUUGCCCUGGAUGCAGCAGAGAAUGGAUCCAGCUUUACUUGGAAACGAUCAUAACCAACAAUACCAAGCCAUGUUGGCUGCUGCUGGUUUGCAGAAUCAAGGGAAUGUGGAUCUUUUGAGGCAACAAAUGAUGAAUUUUCAACAGCCUUUCAAUUAUCUUCAACAAUCAGGAAAUCUCAGUCCUUUGCAACUUCAGCAACAGCAAGCAAUUCAACAAUCUGUAUCGACUAAUAUCCUUCAACCACAAGGCCAAGUAUUGGCACACAACAAUCGAGAAAACCAAGCACAGCAACCGCAACACACUUAUCAAGAUACACUCUUAAUUCAAGGUGAUCCACUCCAUCAGAAGCAACACCACUCUAGUUUACCUACACCGUCAUAUUCAAAACAUGAUUUCUUAGAUUCAGGCAUGAAGUUUACUGCUUCAGCUUCGCCUAGUCAAAACAUGCUUGGUUCGCUUUGUUCUGAAGGGAGUGGAAAUCUAUUGAAUUUAUCAAGAAGCGGUCACUCUAUGCUGAAUGAACAGUUACCUCAACAAUCAUGGGACUCGAAAUAUUCACCUUCACAGGUCGAUGGCAUUGGAAACUCAAUGUCGCACGUGCAGUAUUCCGGGAGAGAUACAGCAAUCGUACCACCGCAUUGCAACUCAGAUUCCCAUAAUUCUGUUCUGUUUGGGGUCAAUAUCGAUUCGUCUGGCCUUCUGCUCCCUACCACUGUCCCUCGUUAUACUACUGCAUCAGCUGAUGUCGAUGCAUCGACAAUGCCAUUAGGGGAGUCUGGUUUCCAGCGUUCUCCAUAUCCUUGCAUGCAGGAUUCAUCAGAGUUGUUGCAAAGUGUGGAGCAGAUUGAUGCUCAAAACCAGAUUCCAAUAUUUGUGAAGGUAUACAAAUCAGGUUCGGUAGGGCGCUCACUUGACAUCUCGCGGUUCAGCAGCUAUCACGAGCUGCGGGAGGAGUUAGCUCAGAUGUAUGGAAUUGAGGGGAAAUUUGAAGAUCCUCUUAGAUCAGGCUGGCAGCUUGUAUUUGUCGACAGGGAGAACGAUGUUCUUCUCCUUGGAGACGAUCCGUGGGAAUCAUUUGUCAAUAAUGUUUGGUACAUCAAAAUACUUUCUCCUGAAGAUAUUCAAAAAAUGGGAGAACAAGCUAUAGAAUCCGUUGGUCCAAGUCCUGGACAAAGGCCGAAUAACACUGGUGCAGAAUCUCACGACAUUGUUUCUGGACUACCAUCAUUAGGCUCACUCGAUUACUGAGAUUAUAUGAUAAUCUAUUCCCUCAGAUUCCAUGGUCUCGGCGAUUACUAUUACUACAUGUUUGUUACUUAUGUUUGAAACAUUGUUACCUAUCAACUUAUAUUCUGUAUUGUCUAUUCCACUUUCACUAUUAUUAUCAUCUGUUCCUGGACUGUUAAAAUUGUCGAAAACAAUGAGACUUAGGACAAACUUUUAUGACAAUUUGUAAACUUGUGUACCUAAAGCAGAAACAUAGUGUAACUGCUAUUGUAGCAUUUUAUUA